GUGUGGCCUACGAGUUGGGAGGUAAAGGUGCGAUCAGAGAUGACAUCACGAUCCCGACGCACCUUCGAAUACAAAGAUCUGCUCUUAAAUAUCCAAAGACUCCUUACAUCUACAGACAUAUCCGACCCGCAAAGGUCAAGCAUACGUAGCCAUGGCAGCAACCACAGCCAACAACAUUCUGAUAACUGGGGCCGCGCGUGGCAUUGGCAGAGGCCUGUCGAGACUGCUUCUGGAAAAGGGUCACCGCGUAUUUUUAUUGGAUGUUAACCAAGAUGAACUUGAUCACACAGCGGGCAUUCUCUCUGGAACACACAGAAGGGGAGCAGACUUCGAGGCUACCGUAUGUGAUCUCCGGAAACCAUCUGAUUUGAGGACAGCUGUGGAUGAAGCCCACAAGCUGUUCAAUGGCCACCUUGACGUCCUGAUAAACAACGCCGCAAACACGAACGGCGUAGGAGGCUCUCAUCUUACUGACCUGACUCUGGAGAACUGGAAUGCUUCGAUCGAGACAAACCUAACCGCACCAAUGCUCAUGAGCCAAAGCUGUCUCCCUAUGCUACAGAGAACGUCCGCAAGGCGUACAGGGGGCUGCAUUAUCCACAUGUCCUCAACUCGAGCGUUCAUGAGCGAGCCCAACAACGAGCCGUACUCGGCGACUAAGGCCGGCUUGCUUGGUCUGACGCAAUCCAUGGCUGUAAGCCUUGCGCCACAGGGUGUCAGGGUCAACGCAGUACUUCCUGGCUGGAUCAACGUAACGAAUGAGAGUAAGAAGGCUGAUGAGAGCGGUCAGUCUUGGGAGGAUGGAUUGAGCAAAGACGACCACGAGUGGCACCUCACAGGCCGUGUCGGCAAGGUUGAAGACGUACUAAAAGCGGUAGAGUAUCUUGUUGAUGCUGACUUCGUCUCUGGGGCUGAGCUUGUAGUCGACGGCGGUGUUACUAGAAAGAUGGUGUACCCGGAGGAGUAAACGCACCGCUGCUCCGCGCAACGAGCGACGAUGUCGACAGAGGUCUAAACACCAAAUCUAGCGCACUGGCAACCCUUGGCCCAUAUCACCACUUCGCCAUAGCCUCUACUAUCGCGCUUACAAUAGCGAUCGGCUGCGUUAAGAAUGCCUCGUGGCCACCUGCAACUUCAAUCACCGUCCAGUCAACGCCGGAAUUGUCGAUGAACAUUUGCUGAGCUUCUGGUGGGAAUG